AUGAGUAAUAGUCAAGACAAACACAUUUUAGAGGAAGAUAUAACUCAUAACUCUAGUAACUAAUGGAUUUUAAGUUAUCUUACUUAAAUUUGUUCUUAUAAACCCUCUAUGAAUGAAAUAGUAAAAGAAUGCUUAAAUUAGAUUUUAAAAUAUGACAUGUACAACAGCGAUAUACUGAGAUACAUAUCUUAUAUUUAUGAAAGUUUGAAAAAUGAAAAAGAAUCACUAUUUUUCUUAGAGCAAUCUUUGAAAUUAAAUCCUAAAUCACCUUAAACACUUAAUAAUAUUGGAUAAUUAAUUAGAGCUUCUAUGAAAGAUCAUAUAAAAUGUAUUGAGAAAUGUUAAAAGGCCAUAAAAAUAAAUCCUAAGAUAGUAAAUGCAUAUUAUAACAUGGGUUUAGCGUUUUAGAAAUGUUAUAAGAAUUCAAUAGUUGGAAAAAAGUUAAAAACCCCAUAUCAAAAGUUGUAUGCUUUGUUAAAGUAAUAAAAUAAAUAUUAAGAAGCAGAGUAUUGUAUGAUAAUUUCAAUAAGUUUUUAUUUAAAAUUUGAAUGCUAACUAGCCUUCUUUCUUUUUUUAUUUUGUUUUGUUAGAAUUUAUCAGAUCUACCUGUGA